AAAGUAAAAGUAAAAAAGGAAAAGGAAGUUGGGUGGGGUGACCUCACCUCCCACUGCACGUGAUUUUAGGCCAGGGUCAAAGCGCGGUAGGCCCUCUUCGUCCCGUCAUCAACUUCAACAUCAACGCUGAUCCGCGUUGCUGUGCUGUCAACAGAAGGUGCUAUGGAGACAGUUACCCUGCAAGUGUGUUGACUGCAACCAUGGGAGGAGAAGGAAAUGAAGUCAGGGCCACAAGAGAACAGGCCAAUGUGAGAAAAUGAAGGGACACAAAGACGACGGUGGAAUGAAAGCCUCUUGUCCUUUAACAUUGGCACAGGACAUGCAGUGCAAAUUGGAUAUGGAUCUGCUUUGCUGGGGUAGUGGGGAACUUGGCCAGACUGGAUGUGGCAGACCAGGGGACAUCGGUCCAGAGGAGGCCCAUCUGAGAGAAUUCACAGGGGCAAGGCUGGGCACAGCGAAGCUGAUGGCAUGUGGAUCCAGUCAUUCCAUUGUGGUUACAGUGGACAACAAGAUCUUUGCGUGGGGAAAUGGCACCAGUGGACAGCUUGGAGAUGGCGAUAGGGCAGUGAGGGACCAGCUAGUUGAAGUUAAACUGCCACAAGAAUCGGAUGUUAAAGGAAGUGACACAGAUGUGGACAUCAAUAUAGCUGGUGUGGCCUGUGGGAGCAGACACUCCUUUAUAUGGACUCAAACAGGGCAGGCAUACAGUUUUGGAAACAACUUUUAUGCCCAGCUGGGCUAUGACUUCCAGAGGGCUGACUUCAAGGAGCACCAGCUGGCACCACGUUUGUUCCAGAACCUUCCAUCAUCUCUGAAAAUAUCUCAGGUGGCCUGUGGAGAGCGACACACUCUGUUUGCGCUGGAGGACGGCAGUGUGGCAGCAUGUGGGCAGAAUGAUUAUGGACAAAUUGGCAGUGGUUCUAAUGAAAAUGCGGUCGUCCCUCACUUUGUGGAGUGUGUGGGUCAUGUGUCGAAGGUCACCUGUGGGGCAAACCACAAUCUUGCGCUGACAGGUGACGGCAGAUUGUUUCAGUGGGGCUGUGGACGGGCAUGUGGCAACAUAAACAAAAACAUCCUGUUCCCAGAGGAAGUGACACUACCGAGCUCGCCAGUGAAAGAGAUUGCUGGAGGAUGUUGGCAUAGCUUGCUUCUGACAGAUGGUGGGAAUGUCUUCUCCUGGGGGAUGGGGCAAGAGGGACAGCUUGGACUUGGUGAGGACAGGAUUCACAUCUCUACUCCUUGUCUUCUCAACUAUUCUCAGCUAGCCAAAGUCACACAGAUAAAAGCAGGGGACAGCUACAGUGCAGCUGUCACAGCAGGUGGAGAGCUGCUUCUCUGGGGUCAGAUCCCCUGUGUGUCCCAGGUCAGUGAUCAUCCAGGCCUCAAAAGGGUCCGGACCCCCCAGCCUGUUCCAUUGGCAGGCAGAAAGGUGUGUGAUGUUGCCUGUGGUACCUGGCAUAUGAUUGCCCUCACCACAAGGAGCAGAGAGAAGAACAGAGAAUAUGAUCACCCAGAAUGUGAAGCUCUCUUCAGAGACCUUGUCAGCAAACCCCUACCGACGGAGCACACAGAGAAAGAAAACACAGUGCAAGACUUCAAGUGUAGUAUUCAGGAUCUGGAGAAACCAGAGAGCUCCGAGGAGCAGGAGAAAGAUGAAAAAAGUGAGAGUGCAGACGAAAAAGAAAAACAUGAAGAAAGACCAAACAAAGAUGAGGGAGAUGGAGCGUUACACGAUUCAGCAUUUGCCAUAGCCAGGGCUGCAACGGGGAUGGACAGGAGAGGAAAUGGCCACUCAUCAAUCACAUCCGACCAAGGAAAUGAGAGGGAGGGUUGCAGAGCAGCAGGGCCUUUGGAGCUGAGAAAAGAACCACGCAGAAGCAGAGCAAGCAGAGACGUAGUCUUCACCACUUUGCAUCUUUUACCUAGGUCAGAGGGAGAGCAAUAUAAGCCCACUGCCAGCACCUUGCCACGGCUACUGAUAGGACAGCAAGCUCAUUGCAGAGUUUUAGCUGAGGCUCAAUUGGAGAGAUCUACACAUCUGACUGAACUGGUCCAAAAAUCUGGAACUGAUAGCAGCAGUUUGCAGAGUCCCAAGCUCAGACCCAAACCCAGACCUCCUGAGAUAUGCGCGGGUCCUGGAACUCACAGGGUAGCCUCUUGUCACCGUUCAAGAACAAGACUGCUCACUGGCAUUGAGUCUCCGAUUUACAAUUCUUCUCUUCAUCUGACCCCUGGACAACAAAUUCAGACGUCCCCUUCUUUCCAGCUCGGACCACACAUCGAAACCUCUCUUCCUCCGUCUCGUUCCUCCUCUGAACCACUCAGGUACUGUCCUACACACAGAGGAGCACUUUCUUCCUUUAACACUUCUUGGAAAAAUCUAUAAAAAUCUGCAGACCCAGUUCUGUCCACCAGUGGCCCUAAACUAGUUAUCUAUUAUGUUUGAAACUUAUAUAUUUAUCCUUUUAUGUCAGGUUAUGUGGACUACUUGAAAUCAAAAUAUGUUUAUCAUAUAACCUCCCAGAUAAUACACAACUCAUCCAUGAAAUCAUCAACAUUUUUAACCAAUAGUUCCUGAAAAUGGCUGGCUAUGGAGAGAGAAUGUGCACUCUAUUAUCUACUUGAUAAUGCUUUUUCUGGAGACCACAUACAAAGUUAAAUACUUUUGGCUCCAAGGUGACUGACAAAACAGCCUCUUUUGCUCUGCAAGAGCUCUCCAAAACAGAUUUCAGAUCAGCUUUAAAGGGCUCCACUUUACCCCACACUGUGAUUUGGCAAAUACAUGUAUGCUCCUCUUACAAACCAUCUCAGUCAACGACACUCACGAACCUUGACCUCAUCUGAAAGCAUUAGACUUUGCUCUUACAGUCAAAGCUGCGUGUAGGAGUUGCAGAGUCCUUGAAUCACCACAUUUCAACAGAACUUGAGAGGGCUGAGGGUUUUUUUUUUACCCUACUACACACUACCGAGCCACAUUCAUUUUAAUACUUACAGUAUGUUGUUUAUUAAAGACAUAACGCCCUCUCAGAUCUUGGCCUCUUGUAAGACAUUUCACGGUGGAGUGUUUUCAUGGCUGCCCAUCUCUGCAGUAUGAGUCACAUGUGCAUGCUACUACGGCUCUUUUGAGUGUGAGGAAAUUGAUUUGUUGCAGAGAUAAUACUAUAUGAUGAGGUUUCUCUAAGUAAAUAGGAUCAUUACAGGAAACAGAGCUUCCUUUGAACUUGCUUUGCUCUGUUUUGUUUUUCAUGUUUCUGAGAGAGAAGUCCUUCAUUAGCCUUGUACUGUAUGCAAACUGGUUCUUUGCCACAGUCUCAACCACAACCACAUGGUAAUUCCUCUUGUCAGGAUUUAAUUUCAAGUAGUGCAUGUGAUGUUUUUUUCAUUAUCUGCAUUUAACAUAAGGACCUUUUGUUAAUAACUUGGCACCGUGGCAGUGUUGGGUUAGACUAAUCAGUCAGAAAUGUAGACAAAUAAAACUUUAAUUAAUUCUUAUAAAUUAUUUAUAUUACUUAUACUACUACUGCUGCUGCUAAUGAGGACAAUAAUAAUAGUAGUUGUAAAAAUAAUUAGUAAAAAUAUUUUAUCACUUGGGGUUGAUUUUAUAUUUACAAAUCAUUGCAUAAAGUUUUCAAUUACUUUUACCACCUGCAAGUUAUUAGGUAUGUUGAAAUUUUGACUGGAUUCGUUAUUGUUCCUGUUUUGCUUUCUUUGGAGUAGUCAUCAUUUCAGUUGGACAAAGAAUACAUGUGGACAUCAAAGCUAUUUUUUACUUUAAUUCUUAAAGGUACAAAAGGAUACUAAUGUUAAUUUUGUAAACCUAAGCAAAGGUAUUUAAAGCUCAUUGAACUGCUUCUCAAGGAGAGUGAUCAGUAAAAUAAUAAAAGUGCCAUUUAA